AUGCUCAACGACGACAAGUUCGAAAUGCAUCCCGCACGAUCACGUACUCCUGUCCUUCACGUCCAAGAACAGAGUCUUGAGGAUCGAUACGGUACCCCACAGACAUUCCCGGGCAUCACGAGAGUAAACCUGCAUACCAAGAUGGCGGAGAUGAGCCAACGCAUAGCUGCUAGCACUUGGUUUCAGCGCUUCCUCUGGCCACCCUCAUCGGCAAGAAAGUGCCACGACUUCUCCUCUCCAUCGCCGCUGCCUCCAGCUCCUGCGGACGGAGUUCACCAUCUUGAAUCAGCUGAAGAGUUCAAGUACUUAUCGCCUCUUUCGGGGAGGAACACCACUCCGGAUCUGCUACUCGUCAACAAGCGCACGCCUCUUUCGGGGAGGAACACCACUCCGGAUCAGGGCGGCGGCGGUGACGAGGAUGCCGCUAAGCGCAAGCUCUCCAACCCGAUCCUCGCGCGUGUCGUCGUUGGUCGCAAACUUUCGAAACCUCGCCAGAAGCCCGUCUCGGAGCAGCCCGUCCUCAGGAUGCGCGGCGACAGGGAGGCCAGGUACCGAAGCCAAUCUACUGGACACUACCAGACGGAUUCGCUAGCUUCUCGCAAGGAGAUGUUCAGUGAUAUUAGCCCUCAGGCAGGCUUCGAGGAGAAUCUGUACGCUGCUAUGGCGCUGUCUGGUACCAAGGCUCAGGUCCUUGAGAUGCACAAGGAGUUGGUCUGA